GGUGCUAGAGGUACUGCUUACAAGUGGUUUGCUUCUUACUUGAAUGAUAGGCAUCAAUAUGUUCAAAUUAGCAACUCUAGAUCUCUUCCUUCUCCUAUUAUAACUGGUGCUCCCCAAGGCUCCAUUCUUGGUCCUUUACUUUUGAAUAUUUUCAUU